AUGUCCACCGUCCUUCUGACUUUGGAGAUCCGCGCGUGUGAGAUCCGCGCGUGUGAGAUCCGCACGGCCGCCCAACUCCUGAUCAUCGUCGUCUGCGGAACUGCUGGACUGACCGUCGCCGCAAGACUCGCCGAAGCCGACUUCUCGGUUCUCGUGCUUGAGGCCGGGGGGUUUCCAGAUAGCUACGGGCUACCAUGGGAUUCUCCAGCGCUGACUGGCGAAAUGACGGACACACCCGUCGACUGGAAUUUCACUUCACUUGCGAUCCCCGGUCUGAACGGUCGUACCGUCGCGCAGAAUCAAGGCCAUUGUCUCGGGGGGACAAGCUCGAUCAAUGGUCUCACCUACGGGCGUGGUAGUCGCUCCAUAUACGAUAACUGGGAAGCGAUAGGAAAUCCGGGCUGGGGAUGGGACGACGUUCAGGAGUAUUUUGAAAGAACUUGGAAACUCGUGCCACCGCCAACCGAUGAGCAUUACAGGACAUAUGAUCCGUCUCUGUACGACCCGAACGCUGGACCGGGUGAGCUUGGAUAUACGAACUUCAACCCACCCUCCAUUGACGCGUUUGUCGAAUCUCUUCCUUCGAUCGGUAUUCCCGUUUCGCUGGACCUCAACUCUGGUAACAAUAUCGGGGGGAAACACGAACUCAGCACUCUGGAUCCCAUCUCUCAGACCAGAGUAUCGAGCUACACGGCAUUUUGGGAUACUGUUGCCGGGCGCCCAAAUUUCGAAGCGAUCACCUUCGCUGUGGUCGAAAAAAUUCUGUUCCGGAGUGCCGAUGGAAAAGAGGGUUCUUCCCAACCUGUUGCUUAUGGUGUCGAAUUCUCGACCAUGGUAAACGGUGAGAAGCGCAAGCAAACAGCAUAUGCCGACAAGGAAGUCAUCUUGUCAGCUGGCACAAUACAGACACCAAAAGUGCUGAUGUUAUCCGGCAUCGGACCUCGCCAGCCCUUGGAAGAUCUUGAAAUUCCAAUCGUGUACGAAAACGAAUGGGUGGGGAAAAACCUCCGCGACUCACCCUCCUUUUCCAUGAUUGUAAAGACAACCGACGAGGCCUCCACAAACAAGUUUCAGCACAACAUGGACGCUAUCCAAGCUGCGACGGCGGAGAAGGCUAGCGAUCCAACCAGCUCCACAAAUCCACUCAAUGCCAUUGACGGCAACUCCGGGCCGGCGUACUCGUUCGCAAAGCUCAGUACAUCUGACUUGGAGGACACCGGGGCGUCAUACCUGAUUGCCAACCAAUCUGACCAGGCGCACUACGAAGUCAUUUUGUGGACUUCACUGUACCCAUUGCCGGACAAUGUUCCCACGCUGAACAACUACUAUGACUUCAGCAACUACACCCAGGAGUCAUACGUCUCCCUUGCAUCGUACUUGUUGGUUCCCGGAUCCGGCGGCAACGUCACCAUCAGUUCGAAAGACUCCUCCUCACCUCCUCUGAUUAACUUAUCGUUCUACGAGCGUGACGCCGACAUGAACAUCCAGAUACUGUCCCUGAAAAGGCUCAGAACAUUAAUCUCCCAGAGUGCUUUCGCGCAAUAUACCCUCGGCCCUGCCUACGGCGAGAUAGUGCCAGGACCUGACGUCCAGACCGACGAAGACAUUGCCAAUUUCAUUCGUGAAACCAGUAUUUCUGCUGCCCAUCAAGCUGGCACCGCUGCAAUGCGUCCACUGGACGAUGAAGGCGUCGUGAGCCCCUCGCUUGAGGUAUAUGGGGUUGAAGGGUUGCGCGUCGUUGACGCUUCAGUCAUGCCGCUGUUUGUGGACCAACAUCCGACCGCUGCAAUCUACAUGAUUGCGGAGAAAGCUGCCCAGAUGAUCAAGGACAAAUACGCCGCGGAGUAG